GUGCGGAAGGCUGAGGGGCGGACGGCGCGUCUCCAGCCUGGAACACCUUCUACAGCCUUCACUUUCAUUUCGUUCUUCUCCUGAAUUGUGGCUCCGAAAACCGUCCCAUCCGCUUGUUUGAAUCGCCAGGCAGCGGCUUCUGGGAGGAGACCUGCGGCUCUUCACCAGCGGAGACUCUUUCCUGUCAGAAAUCCCUCUGCACUUGGCAUUGUUUGAUCGAGAAAUAGUCUCGGGAGCGGAGGGCGGACACUGGAGAAGAUGCGGGUCGCGCUGCUUCUGUGCGCCCUGGCGAGUCUGACCGCCGGAGCGGAGCGCGGCUGCGCCGACCUGCGCCAGUUCUACACCGGGAAGGGCUUCACCCUGGCCGGCGUUCCUCAGGCGGAGAUGUUGGGUGAACAUCUGAGGACGUGUCCCAAGGGUCUGACCUGCUGCACCAGCUCCAUGGAGGAGAACCUGACCAACCUGAGCUCCAGAGAGACGGAGGGUCUGAUCAGAGAGGCCGGCCGCUCGCUGCAGGCGGCGCUCAGCACGCUGUACAGGAGCUUUGACACCUAUUUCACCGACCUCCACGUGCGGUCCGAGCGCUCCCUGCAGGAGGUUCUGUCUCCGCUCGGGCCGCUCUACUCGCAGAACACCCGGCUGUACGCCGACCUCUACGCCGACCUCAGACUCUACUACCGCGGCUCCGCUCUCAACCUGGAUGAAACCCUGACUGAGUUCUGGUCCCACCUGCUGGAGCGGACGUUUAAAGUCUCCACCCCCAAAGAUGUCAGCCUGUCAGAAGACUACCUGGAGUGUGUUGCCAAGCAACAGGAGACCCUGCGGCCUUUUGGGGACGUCCCACGUGACAUGAAGGGCAAGACGAUCCGGGCUUUCGUCACCGCCAGGUCGUUUGUCCAGGGCCUGGAGAUCAGUGGAGAGGUGGUCCGGAGGGUCUCGCAGGUGUCUCUAAGUCCCGAGUGUGUGAAGGCCCUGAUGAAGCUGGUCUACUGCCCUCACUGUCGGGGUCUGGCCUCGGUCAAGCCCUGCUCCAGCUACUGCUCCAACGUCAUGAAGGGAUGCCUGGCAAACCAGGCGGACCUGGACCCUGAGUGGCAGAACCUGAUCGACACAAUGAUCCAGGUGGUGUCCAGCUUCAGCACCGAUCCCAGCCUGGACGUGGCUCUGUCCUCCAUCCCGUCCAGGAUCUACGAGGCCGUACGGUUCCUGCUGGACAACAUGGAGACCUUCACGGCAAAAGUGUAUCAGACGUGUGGGACUCCAGGUCAGUCAGAAACUGCAAGUCCAACGGACCACGAAGCAAAGAAGAGAAGUGGCGCCUUGACUGCGUCGGAAUAUAAACCAUCGCCCACUGCUGGACUCCGACUGGAGAUGCAGGUGUCCGAUCUGACCAGUAAGUUGCGGGAGAUGCGCCAGUACUGGCUCCAGCUUCCUCUCGCUCUCUGCAGCAAACUGGCGCCAGGUGGCGCCAGUCAAGAGAAGUGCUGGAAUGGACUCACCAAAGGAAGGUAUCUUCCUGAGGUGAUGGGAGACGGUCUGGCCAGCCAGAUCAACAACCCUGAGGUGGAGCUGGACAUCACCAAACCAGACAUGACCAUCCGCCAGCAGAUCAUGCAGCUGAAGAUCAUGAGCAACAGACUGAGAAACGCUCUGGAGGGCAACGAUGUGGACUUCCAGGAUGCAAGUGACGACAUAAGCGGCUCAGGAAGCGGAAUGUGCGCCAGCGGCAACUGUCCACGGAGCCGACCCGGAUUAUACGCCUACCCGCUGGACAAGGGCCCUGAUGGCGGCACUUCGUCUCAGUCCAUGUUCUGCAACCUACUGCUCCUUCUGCCCGCUGUGCUCCUGUUGCUGCUGCAGCGAUGAUGGAUCCAACCCGCCUGGACUUGGGGCUCCGAACAAACUUUGGGAUAUUUUGGGUUCUGAGCCCAGACUGCAACUUUGCCAAAAAAAAAAAAAAAAAAAAGAAAAAGGAAAGAAAACCAAUUGAGGAAUGGUGUGAUCAACGAUAGCUGAGGAGGAAUCGACGAAUGAUGUUUAGUUUAUUCCAAAUGUAAAAAAGGGAACUGUCCAAGAGGAUUUGAAUGUCAGAAAUCUGGACUGUGACUGAACGCGCCGCAACGAUGGCGCAUUUGCUUUAAUUUAAGUUCCGUUUUUUUAAGUCCAAGUUGUCUUAAAAGCAUUGUGUGAGCUGUAAAUGUCAUGAGCUUUCAAACUGGCAUCAUAUCGAGCCACGUUGAACCUGUGAUGUAGUCGUCCAGAUGUCGUGGUGUGUGUUGGAAACCUCCAUUCAUGUGAUGACAACGCUCCCGACCAUUCGAUAGGAAAAUCAGCACUUUUUAAAAUGACCAGAAGAAGCGAGAGAAGCAUCGAUACACUUUCGAACAAGCACAGACCAAUGGUUUUAUGGCAGGAGAGGCUGCAUUUGUUUACAGAGAACUUGUUCCAUUCCAGUUCCCAUCUGUAUCUGAUGGAGUACUGAGGCUGCAUAUCAGAUUCUGACUCUGACACAGUCCAACAGAACUAGUCAGAGUUGGAGAGCAUGGGUUGAAGAUACAUCAAAGAGACGGUUCUGACGAGCGAUGGGUCAAUGAGGCAUCGUGAAACAGCAUUGCAGGGUGGAUGAAACAGUGUCCUCAUUUUCAGAGGCCACUAGAUGGUGCUCUUGGAGGUUUCAUUGAAUUGUUUGUUCAAGGCCAAACAUUUUACAGCACACAGCGCCAUCUGGUGGCCUCUGAAAAUCAGGACACUGUUUCAUGAAGCCUCACCAACCCUUCAGUACUGUGUCCAGAAACCUCAUGGACCCAUCACUUGUUCUUACAUGGGAGUUUAGGAUGUUAGGGAUCCUGGGCUGGAUCCAGGAUUGUCUGCUAAAUCCUCUUAUUCCCUCUCUUCUUACUGGGGUGGUUCCCAAGAUGGGGGUACCAGAGGGCAGGAGGAGGGUCGAGAGGGAACUCCAGCCUUGUCCAGUCCUCUGAGCACUGUUCUUGAGGGCUUCCUGGCCAGUGGCGGCUGGUCCUUAGCGGGCGCACACCUCACAGUACCUGUAUAAAGCCAUACGGUGCAUUAAUUUAUUUUUAUAGGGGCAUCAUUUUUGAUCGAUCCUCAUGAAACUUUGUUCAGGCACGGCAGCAUGACACCUGCCUAUUACAAAUCACUCUAUUUUGGAGGUUACACAUUCAUGUUUGCUACAUGCUGCUUGUGGGGCGGUGGAAAAAGUGGCCCUUCAGCAUGACAGCUCAGCCAUUCACAGGCAUGAGGUGGUCACACGGCACCAUGAACUCAGCACAGGUGAAGCUGCUGCCUGGGGGCACCUUUCUGCUCUGCCCAAAUAUUGCUUCACACGACAUUGUUUUUCUGUCAUUUGUGUCAAAUGAUAUGUGUUGAGAUGUUGAAUUGUGAAAGUGGCUUAGCACCCGAGAAUGUUUUUUUUUUUGCCAGCCGCCAUUGUUCCUGGGAGUCUCACCAUCUGGUCUACAUGUGUAGAGAGAUGUUGGAAAGGCUGGCUUCGGUUGGAUCAGAAGUGAACUAGGAAUGACUAUGUGCACACAAAGGGGUGACUUGUGUUGUCAGUGGAUAAUAGUGAGCAGAAUGGCCUUGGAGAAAUGGUGAUCCAACAGCUGGUUCAGCCACGAUCUUGAUCUAUGAGCAGUUGGACUGUGGGGCUGUGAGGGUAGGAUGACUCCGAGCUGGUGUGACACCUCACAAAAGAGCUAAGCUGACAGGCAAAGUUGUCUAUGUGCUGCCAGUCAGCUAGUGAUGGGUGGAUGAGGUAUCAUGAAACAGUGUCCUCAUUUUCAGAGGCCACUAGAUGGCGCUCUUUCUUUAGAAAUGAAGUGAGAUGUCAUUGAAUUCGUUGUUUAAGUCCAAACAUUUUACAGCAGACAGCACCAUCUGACCUCUGAAAAUCCAGGACGCUGUUUCAUGAAACCUCAUCGAUUCUUCAAUACUGUGUCAAGAAACCUCAAACACUCACCUAUGAACUGAUGAUCUCAGUUAUCUUCAAGAGACUCUGAGCAGAGCCACUUCUUCUCUGUCUGGUGGGACAUCAGUGGAGGUGGUUCACCCAUGUCCUCCACAGUGAGAGAGUUGCUGAUGGGUAAGUGGCAGAAGAUGACCAUGAAGUAGAUGAACAACAAUAGAAGUUGAUGUGCAAACUGGUGAGACGUGUGGAAACACACUCUCACUUGCCUUUCGUGUCAACUAUGUGGAUGAAGCUUGACGAAGAAGACCUCAAAGGCUGAAAGAAAAAGCCCACGGGGACCAAUUUCCUACCAAACCAUCACUAAAGAUUCACAAUAUCUGUUCAUUCAAGUCUUCAGAAGUCUCUCCCUGGUCAGUUCUGUUUUGUUUUCUGUUCCAAAAUGUGCCGUUUGGAUCCUCAGUCACUCGGUCUGGAACCACUCUCUUCAUGUUCUUCAUGUCAGGAUCUCCUCCUUCAUCCAUCUCUGCUCUCCUGCUGCGGCACAACGACAGUGACAGUAACGGACAGAAGGAGAGGCACUUCCGAACACUGAAGUGGGAUUCGUGUUCAUCCGUGUAUUUAAUCACAUGCUGCAUCAUUAAACUGUUGGAUUGUUGCAACGGAGUACG